AUGCCUCUGGAGGUGGUGGUGGAGCUGCAGAUCCGGGCGGUUUCUUGCCCAGGGGUGUUCCUGCCAAGCAAGCGAGGUGUGUACCUGGGAGUCUACUUCCUGAAUCAGUACCUGGAGACCGACUGUUUCCCCCCUGUGUUCCCCAUUGUGAUUCAUCAGAACAUGAAAUUUGAAAAGGUGUUUGAAAAUGCAGUAGAUCCUGGCGCUGUAGCAGAUCUUUUAGAGGUGUGGGAAAAGCUAGCUUUCUAUGAAGAAAACACGAGGGAUUUUCUCUUCCCAGAGCCCAGGCUGACCCACUCAUACCCUGGCCUUUGUCGGGAGGUACUUAUGAAGACGGUCGCAGGUUUUCCAGGCAUUGCUCCGAAAUUGGAAUUUUCUACAAGGACAGCCAUCAGAGAAUGCACGUAUCUGUAUAGAAACAGAUUUCUUGGAGACAGACAUAAGUCACAGAGGCCCUUUUCAACAUCACCUGGACCAGUGUCUCCCCUGAACAGCACAAAGAGGAAACCAAAGGAGUGUAAUCCCAAAAGGACAUCCAGAGGCCUCCCAUCAUGCUCAUCUUCUCCACAUCCCACCAGACAUCUCUUCCGGGACCAUCCAACACCCUUGACCUUUGGAAAUAGUCUCAAAUUUGCCAGAGAAAUCAGACCUCCAUUUGUCGUUAGACACGUGGACAGUGCAAAGCCCUUUGGUGAGGCUGUUUCAGAGCGUCGUUCUCAAAAGUCUAGGAGAAAGUGCAAGUUGUCAAGUGCUCCAUGUUCAAUGAAAAGAGCGUCUUCUCUUGACAGCCGUGCACCGAACGUCAAGGUUAUCAAAGAGCCAGAUGAGCGGAUCAUUUUCAAGAGCAACUCACCGUCACGGUCACAUCAUCUAGAUUCAUGUACAUUUGGAAAGGCCUCUCCCAGUUCUAGUAGCCCGGGGGAUGCCAGAUUCCAGCAGAGAACUUCGGUUGUCCUGGCCAAGCAUCUCAGGUCAGCCUGCCCGCUUCUGGAUCGGCCGCUCCUCCGAGAAAGAUUCCACCCCAGUUUUCAUUCCAAGUGGAAGAAGAUCCACGAGAGAGUGUGCGAACUUCUGGCAUUCUGCAACGCUCAGCUGCCAGCCCAGACCAAGAAAGUGCACGGUGGUGAUGGUUACAGACGACAGUGCCUGGUGUCCUGA